AUGGAAUCUGGAAAAUAUCCCACUGAUUUCGGCCUACCCCCACCGCAGCGAAGAGGGGAAUUAUCAAGCGAAGUUGUGAAGGAGCUAAACUACAACACCGCGGUUUUAGAAGCGCAGGUCAGUGAAAUGAUAACACGAUUACUUUCCGAGCAGCGUCAAAUCUACGAAACGAUUCUGAACAGAGUAAAUAGUGGAGAGGAGGGAUUAUUGUUUCUUGACGCACCAGAGGGAAAGGGUAAGACGUUUGUGCUGAAUCUCUUACUAGCCCAACUCCGCAAGGACCGCAAUAUAGCUCUGGCUGUAUCUUCCUCGGGCAUUGCUGAAACUUUGCUUAACUAUGGCCAUAUUGAAUAUUCCAUUUUCGAAUUGCCGCUUAAUCUUGCAAGCGAACAUACCCUAACAUGCAACAUCACCAAAAACAAUGACAGGGAACUCCUUUUCCAGCAGUACAAGUUAAUAGUAUGGGACAAGUGCACAAUGUCGCACAAGCAUGCAUUAGAGGUGUUAAACCGCAGCCUGCAGGACUUCCGCGGCAAUCAGGCGUUAAUGGGCGACUUUGCUAUUUUGCUCGUAGGCGAUUUUAGACAGAUACUGCCGAGUUGA